AUGCAGGAAGUGUUGGAGAGUGUUAGUUGGACUGUCGCCACAGAGCCAGUGGAAGAAACUAUUUUGGACAAUAAUCAGUUGGAUAUUGAGAGUGUCGAUUCAAGUAAGUUCAGUGAACACAAUACCAACUCAGAGCUGUCCGAACAAGAAAGUGUUAGCGAUGAUAAAUACAAAAAAAUCAAUUUCACUGGUCAACAUUGCUUCGUGGGUAAAGAUAAAGCCACCCAAUGGCUGGCUCAUGCAUCCUCACGACCGAAAAGAAGAACUUUACGUAAAAAUAUUGUCAUUCGUCCCCCAGGCAUAAAGAGAGUGGCACAAAAUGCAAAGAAAGAAAGGGAUUGUUGGGAGUUGUUUACGACACCAGCGAUGAUAGAAUAUAUUGUCGAAUGUACAAACAUCUACCUGAAUAAUCUGCGCAAAAACUGUGUCCAUGGACCUCUUGAUCCAGAAUCUGGCGUUUUGCAGAAGCCGGAAAAAGUGACUUUCUAUAACUGUACGAAGGGUGGAGUUGACGUAGUUGAUGAGCUGAAGUCCAAUUACUCAGUGUCCAGGUUCUGUUGCCGAUGGCCAUUACGAGUAUUUUUUACAAUACUGGAUGUAGCAGGUAUUAAUUCUCAUAUUAUCUACAAAAGUAAUGCAUCCAAAAUCCUGGCGCGCAGAAUUUAUUUGAAGAACUUAGCGCUGCAACUGAUCAAACCACAGAUGAUUACUCGUUCAACGAUUCGAACUUUACCACUAGAUAUUCGAACCCGUAUCAGACAAAUUUUGGGUAUACCAGAAACAGACACCAAUGCAAGCGUAUCAGCAUCAGGAUUUUGUGGAAUAUGCCCAAGAAAAACGAAUAGAAGGACAAAAAAGCAAUGUAGCAAGUGCAAUAUCCCCAUAUGCAACUACCAUGUCACAUUUAUUUGUUCUACAUGCUCCAAUUCGAUAAACAACUUGCAUUAG